ACCUUAGAGCGGCUGCCAGAUAUCCCAGGGCAAAAGAUCAGCCCUAAUGGAAGUUACACAAUACCUUUGUACUGAAAUAUUUUUAUUGAGCCUGGUUGAUCCAUACUGAGCUUUGGGAGUCAUGUGACGGAGGUGUCACAGCUCCCAGGAUUCAUUAUUGUACGCGGGCAGCCUCACCUGGAUUCCCUAAGGGAUCAGAUACACCGUUUUAAAAUGAAAGACCCACUGGCAGGCUCUACGUACGACAGGGUUUAUAAGGAUCUGAAGAACAUAUCUAAGAAUGGAGAGAUCUUUUGCAAAACUCUGAUGUCUGCCUUGCAGCAGAGGUCUAACCUAGAACUGAGUUAUGCCAAGGGACUCGAGAAGGUAGCAAACAAGCUGACUAAAGCAUUGGCAAGUGUGAAUAAAAAUUGCAUUAAUAAUGCCUGGACUUGUGCUUCUGAUGAAAUGAGAACCACGGCAGAAGUACACAAGAAACUGGGCACAGCCAUUCAACAAGAAGCCAUAAAACCAACCAGUCAGGUCUUGGAAGAACAUGAAAAAAAGAAGAAAAAACUAGAUAAUGAAGUAGAGAAGAUGACAAGUUCUGUAUUAAAUAACUGGAAGCAGCAGAUAAAGGUCAAGAAGAAACUUAUGGAACAUACCAAAAAACAUGAAGCUCUUUUCCACCAUGUGGACAACACCAACAAACAAUCUCUGACCGAAAAGGAGAAGCAGAAGCUUCUCAAUAAACUAAAAAAAUCAGUAGAUACGCUAACCAAAACCGACGAGGAUUAUUAUCAAGACAAUAUAAGUGGUCAAACAGUACGGCUGAAAUGGGAAAAUGUGCUGGAAAAUUGCUAUAAGAGUAUUCAAGAUCUUGAAAAGGAAAGAAUACAACUCCUUUCUCAUAUCCUUAAUCGGUACAACCAGCAUGUGUUAACUUUCGGACAGACACUAAACACCUGUCAAAGCCAGAUUGACCAAGCCAUCAAAAGCAUUGAUGUUGAAAAGGAUAUUCAGACCUUCAUGGAGGAAACAGCCAUUUAUUCUGAAGAAAACAAAUCAGAAUUUCUGCUGAUGGAUUAUUUUGAGGAAGACAGUUCUGUUAUAAUGGACAAGGAAAGAAGGAUAGCUUCCAUUAACAUGAAACUUGAGAGACUGCAGGGUGACAUUGAUAAGGCACAGAAGGACAAGGAUGGACUGGAGAAAAUGCUAAAGGCUUAUGUAGAUAAUCCAGCAUUUUCAGAUGUAAAAAAUGAAGAAAACACCAUUAUUCUUCUAGAAGAGACAAACUUAAAAAUACAUUUGUUGGAAGCAAAUCACUUCAAACUGUUAUCAACCCUUGCAGAACUGGAAGGAAGGUCUUUGUCGCCCCACCCAUGCAGUGAACGGAUCUCAAAAUGGAAAGAAAAGGGUUCCCAACAUUCCUCUGUAUAUAUAUCACGCGCAAUCAAUACUAGAAAACUAAAACGUUUGGAAAGCCAGCGAAUUUCUAACAGAUCGAGAGACAGGAUGAGCCACUCAGUAUCUUUUGAUGAUUCAAAAGAAUCUGAUACUACUGAUUACCCCAACAAACCACCGAGAGGCCUUUCCAGAAGGGUUAAAGAUCUUCAUGAAGAAAACACACCCAACAAUGAAACAAAUGAACAUCGAAGAAUCUCGUGCACAGUUUUAUACCCAUAUAAACCCCAACGGCAGGAUGAGCUGGGCUUGCAAAAAGGUGAUCUUCUAGAAAUUCAUCACAAGGAUGAUGACGGCUGGUGGUACGGAAGCCUCAAUGGAAAGAAAGGCUACUUUCCCUCUACGUAUGUUCAAGAGCAGAUGGCAGAUCAAUCAUCUCAUGCAUAGUUGCCAAAUGUACUGUAGCAUUCACGGACCUGGCAUAAACUUGCUUUAAUUAAGGCCAAAUUGCUUAUUUGUAAAUAGAUCAGCGCUGUAAUUCUGUAAUUCAUGGUCACUACCAUAGCUAGGAGGCUGAUUUAUCAAUUUUUGGAAUUUAACAUUUUUAAUUUUGGCAAAUUGGGGAAAAAUAUGAUCUGGAGUUUAAUAAGUAGGCCCCUUAGAAUACAAAAUCCUGAUCCACUUUCUAGUUCUUUAAUAAAGGGUAGGCAGGCUGCACCCAGAUUCAUCAUAUUCCACAAAGUUUUAUUACAUUUGAAGUAAAAUUUAAUUAUUUUUUUUAAUAAAACAUUUUUGGGCUAGCUUGUUGUCCAGCCCCCAUAAUGUUUAUAUUUAUUAUGUAACGGUAAAUGACUCAUUCAGCAUUUACUGUGCUGUUUUGUGAAGCUUAAUUUAUUAUUAAAUCUUAGUUGUUAAAGAAAAAACUGCCCACCUUAUGUUUGAGAAAUGUCAUCUAAAAUGGCAGGUAAAUGUUUCAAGUAGUUUCUAAAAAUAGUUAUUUCUUUUGAUAUUGUGUGAUAAAAAUACAGUGUUUAUGGUGUAACUUUUCUCUUAACCGUGGGUCCCUAGAUGUUGCUGGGCUACAACUUCCAGAAUCCUUCAACAUAUUACUGGAAUGGAAUUCUAAAGGUGAAGUUGAGUGUUUCAGGCAAUGGACGGCCGAUGUGUGCCGAUGGGGUCAUCGCUCCAACAAGGGCAGAGCAGGCUUAGAACAGGGCAGACUUGAGCAGGACGGAGUGGCUGUAGAACAGGAUGGUGGAGCAGGAGAGAUUGAGUGUAGAACAGGGCAGACUUGAGUAGGACGAAGUGGCUGUAGAACAGGACUGUGUCGCAGGAGAGAUUGAGUGUAAAACAGGGCAGACUUGAGCAGGACGGAGUGGCUGUAGAACAGGAAGGUGGAGCAGGAGAGAUUGAGUGUAGAACAGGGCAGACUUGAGCAGGAAAGAGUGGCUGUAGAACAGGACGGUGGAGCAGGAGAGAUUGAGUGUAGAACAGGGCAGACUUGAGUAGGACGGAGUGGCUGUAGAACGGGACUGUGGAGCAGGAGAGAUUGAGUGUAGAACAGGGCAGACUUGAGUAGGACGGAGUGGCUGUAGAACAGGACGGUGGAGCAGGAGAGAUUGAGUGUAGAACAGGGCAGACUUGAGUAGGACGGAGUGGCUGUAGAACAGGAAGGUGGAGCAGGAGAGAUUAAGUGUAGAACAGGGCAGACUUGAGCAGGACGGAGUGGCUGUAGAACAGGACUGUGGAGCAGGAGAGAUUGAGUGUAGAACAGGGCAGACUUGAGUAGGACGGAGUGGCUGUAGAACAGGAAGGUGGAGCAGGAGAGAUUGAGUGUAGAACAGGGCAGACUUGAGCAGGAUGGAGUGGGUGUAGAACAGGACUGUGGAGCAGGAGAGAUUGAGUGUAAAACAGGGCAGACUUGAGCAGGACGGAGUGGCUGGAGAACAGGAAGGUGGAGCAGGAGAGAUUGAGUGUAGAACAGGGCAGACUUGAGCAGGACAGAGUGGCUGUAGAACAGGAAGGUGGAGCAGGAGAGAUUGAGUGUAGAACAGGGCAGACUUGAGCAGGACGGAGUGGCUGUAGAACAGGAAGGUGGAGCAAGAGAGAUUGAGUGUAGAACAGGGCAGACUUGAGCAGGACGGAGUGGCUGUAGAACAGGAAGGUGGAGCAAGAGAGAUUGAGUGUAGAACAGGGCAGACUUGAGCAGGACGGAGUGGCUGUAGAACAGGAAGGUGGAGCAAGAGAGAUUGAGUGUAGAACAGGGCAGACUUGAGCAGGACGGAGUGGCUGUAGAACAGGAAGGUGGAGGAGGAGAGAUUGAGUGUAGAACAGGACAGACUUGAGCAGGACGGAGUGGCUGUAGAACAGGAUGGUGGAGGAGGAGAGAUUGAGUGUAGAACAGGGCAGACUUGAGCAGGACGGAGUGGCUGUAGAACAGGACGGUGGAGGAGGAGAGAUUGAGUGUAGAACAGGGCAGACUUGAGCAGGACGGAGUGGCUGUAGAACAGGACAGUGGAGGAGGAGAGAUCGAGUGUAGAACUGGAAAGACUGGAGCUGGAUGGAGCAGUUGUAGAAUAGGACAGUAUGAAGCAGGAUACAAGAAUGCAAUAGCAAGGCAUUACAAGCUAGGAGUCACAGUCAAGGCAAGAAUUCUCAGAACAACAUAGGGCUUCACAGGAUAGGCAAGGAUUCACAGGUUAAAAAGGUGUGUAAUUGGAGGGCUUAACAACUCCCUGCAGUGUAUGCUAGCUGUUGUUAGUAACUACUAUUAAAAUAACACUGGUAAAACAAUAGGGUUGUUACCCUGUUCCAGUAAGCAGAGAGCCCAAACCUAGGGCAAUAAUCAUACAUAGACCUAUCCUACAGCAGCUUUCACUUCCUUAUAUACAUUUUGUAUAAUCUAUAUUUUGCUUAAUCUGCCGACUGUCUUUGCUCUUCCCAGCUCUUUAGAAAUAAAAAUAUCAAGUAUUAAAACAUAAAUAAAUGAAUCAGCCUGGUCAGGAGCCGGGAGCGUCACUAAUUGUUAAAGUUGCCCAUUUAAUAGGACAUGUUCACACAUUUUUACUGGGGCUUUCUCGCCUCUGAUUUUUUUUUUUUGUUUGUUUCUUAAAUUGACAUUUUUUUGUUACUAAUAAAAAAAUAAAAAUACUGUACAGAACACUCUAAAGUAAAGAUCUGAGGACUCAUUUAUAACAAUGGGACAAGGUGCAAGGUGCAGAAAACAUACUUUUGGCACUUUGCCCCCUUCCCCACCAUGAUCACCGUUGGAUACAGAUCCUUAUACUUCAGAAUGGGGGACCUUGACUUUCUGAAUGAGUUUCAUCACUCAUCUCAGUGGCUUCUUCAGUCCGUGGAAUGGUUCCUUUUUUUGUAUAUAAAGAAUAUUCUUACAAUAAAUAUCCUUCCAAUCUGU